AUGACAAACAGGAAACAGGCGAUAGGGUUACUCCUAUUGACAAUGCUUGUAAUGGCUUAGGCUAACUCAUUCUUUGAGCCAUUAAAAACUAAAAUAACAAAGAUUGCUCCUUCAAAGGGUAUCAGACUUCAAGCAUUUGAUCCAAAAUCAACUCCAGAUUUGAUUAACAAUGCUAAGGAUGCUGUUGAUGGCUAUCUUGAAAUCGCAAAGGCAGGUAAAGAAGCAGCUGAUAUAGCAGGUAAAUUAGCAGUUUUCGAGAAACUCUCUGGUGCUCUUGGAAUCGCUGGAGCUCUCGUUGGUUUUAUAUUUGCCUUCAUUGGCACAGGUCCAGACCCAGAAAUCUUGAAAUUGUAAGAAAUGAUCAAAGAGACAUAGUCAUUAGUCGUACUUGGAAAUGAUAAAAUUUUGAGUGCUAUUAGAAAGCUCAACUCUCAAGAAGCAAUAAGAUCAGCUUCAGAGGCAGUCAGCAUCCUGGAUACCCUUGUAAACAAGCACAUGAGUGAGAAAAUUGAAUUUGAUGUAGGUGGUUACGAUGUCUUGCCUUGCGGACCCGCAAUGACUCUUUGCAACAACGCUUUCAUUGAUCUUACCAAUAAAAUGGACGAUAUUCUCAGCGCUUCAUUCGAAGAAUAACCAAGAGGAGAUAAGGAAAGAGUUGGUGCAGUUGCUGACAACUUGAUGAUGUUGCUUUCAAAUGCUAUGUACUCAUUAACAUGGUUGAAUGCCUAACAAUGGAAAGCUUCUCACCCUAAUGAGUUUGUUGCUCCAGAGGACACAGCUAAAAUUCAACAACUGACUCAGGCUCUUACUCUUAAGCACUAUUAUUAAGAACAUGCUGUUGGAGCCUAUGCUAAUUGGAUGAGAGACAAAAAGUUCAGCACUUGCAGACUUUGUCAAAGCUGUGGUGGAGAUUAUCCAACUUAUGGAGGUGAAGGCUACAAGGAGUAUGACUGGGGCUGGUGGGACAUGUUCAGAGACUCUUGCACUGCUGAGCUUUUCGGUGAGUCAGGUCCCCCUAAGCUUUGCUGCUCAGUUUAAGAUCCUCCUCUUAAGUUCUGCAGUUCAUGUGGAGGUGACUAUCCAUUCAGAGUUGGAAGAAAACUUAACGUUGAUGACUGGGGUACUUGGAAUAGAGCUGGAGGUAACUGCAAAGGUUCAUUCGAAAAAACUCUUGAUGAAUUUGAAAUCUGUGCUAGAGACAGAAGACAAUGCAAGAUGUGUGCAGGACAAUGCCAAGCCAACUAUUCUCAAAUAGGUUAUAUACAGAGAAGAGAUGAUUGGGGAAUGUGGAAAGUCUUUGAUACUCAAUAAUGCAACCCAGACUACACUGGCGAUCUAAACAUUGACAAGUCAGCUGAUGUUUCUUUCUGCUGUCUUGAUGAAGUUGUAUGA